GUUCUUUGGAGAGCUACAUAUUUAUUUUAUAGACAUGACUCAAUUAAGUAGCUGCGAACCCAUACAAAUCAUUCCAACGAAAAAUGGGGAUCAAAUCGAUUACCAACUCUACAAGCAAACUAUCAAUAGAUCCACAACAACAAUAGGAACUAAACGAGAGAAGGAUGAAGGGGAAGUAGUAUGGAGAAAUGCGCUUGUCUUUCUAAUACUUCAUAGUCUCGCGUUGUAUGGUUUAUGGUUAGCUAUAACAGGAAAAGCUAUGUGGCAGACAGUCCUAUUCAGUUAUAUUUAUUUAUCUGGAGCCAGUACAGGUGUAACAGGAGGAGCCCACCGUCUUUGGGCACACAGAGCGUACAAGGCCAAGAUGCCCUUCAGGAUUUGGUUAAUGUUAUGGCAAACGGCAGCUCUUCAGAAUGACAUCCACGAAUGGGUCAGAGAUCACAGAACGCAUCAUAAAUUUACCGACACCAAUGCCGAUCCUCAUAAUUCCAACAGAGGGUUCUUUUUUUGCCACGUGGGUUGGUUGAUGAUGAAGAAGCACAAGGAUGUCAUUGCCAAAGGGAAGACGAUAGAUAUGAGCGAUGUCGAGGCUGAUCCCGUGGUCAUGUGGCAGAAAAGAUAUUACAUUCCAAUGGUUAUUCUGUUAACAUUUUUGCUUCCCACCUUUAUCCCUGUAUACUUUUGGAAAGAAUCGAUAUCGGUGUCUUUUUACGUUUGCAUUGCAAGAUAUGUUCUGCAGUUAAAUGGUACAUGGUGCGUCAACAGUGCUGCCCAUUUAUGGGGUUAUCAACCAUACGACAAAUCGAUAAAUCCAAGAGAAAACGUUUUCGUAUCGACCAUAGGCUAUGGAGAAGGCUGGCACAACUACCACCACACUUUCCCGUGGGAUUACAAAGCAGCCGAGCUUGGUAACUACAGAAUGAACUUCACCACGGCUUUACUGGACUUCAUGGCCUACCUUGGACAAGCUUACGAACUGAAAACGGUGUCUCUAGACAUGAUCAGAAGAAGAGCCAAUAGAACAGGCGACGGUUCCUGGAGUGAAUUGGACAAGAAUAUCGAAAAGGAGGAUAACAAAAAGGAUAAUAAUCAUCAUGAAGACCUCGUGUGGGGAUGGGACGAUAGGGAUAUGAAGGAAGAAGAUAUCAAGGAAGCGAAUAUUUUUUGUAAAAAACAAAUGUAAACUAUAUUAUUUUUAAGUAUGUAAGUUGGUUUGUAUUAUAUUAAUAUAUUGUCUUCUAUA